CAUACUUGAAAACUCAUAAAUAAGUAAUUCAUUAUGUUAAGAAAUAUGUUGACGUCAUCUUAGCUGAAGUUUAUUUCCUUACAAGUAAUUUCGUUUGGAUUUGUUUGAAUUGAUGGGAUACGCCUCUACUAAUGGACAGAUCUGAUGCGCAUAUUUCAGAUACAAGGCAUAUAUAUCUAGAGAUGAUUCAAAGCACCAGCGAUUGCAUUCCUGAGCUAUCUGAAGUGCGAACUAUUCCACAAGUUAAUGAAAAUGGUGAUAUCGAUGAGACAUAUGACGAAGACGGUUACAUUUUGCCAGAAAACCGCCGAUAUCAAACUGUUGUAAUACCUUUAGAAAACAACACGGGGCAUGGGCGUCAUAAAGCAAUGAAUUCAGCUGUUCGCCAAGGUCUUGUGGACAAAUCGGACGAUAACAGUAAAUCAGAAAAGAAUAAAAAUACAAAAAGAGAUACAAAGAGAAAUUGUUGUGUUAUACUUAUGAUUACAAUGGUAUUGAUUGUGGCAACAGUCUGUACUGCAUCAGAACUAAUCUACUCACAGACAAACGAUCUCAACAGGGAAAACCAACCAGACAUUUCGUCAAACCAAAGCAGUACACACAAUAAAUACACGGGUGUCAUAUCUGUGAAACUCAGCCAACAAAGUGAUCGAUAUCCUAACGAGGCAACUGAAUAUGCAGGAGCGAUGAAAAAUAAAUCAUCCUACGCCUUGUGCAAAGGUGAUCCUACGAUCUUUUUCUGUCUGUAAAAUUUGACACUGAUAAUAUUUUGACACUAUAUACAAAAUACUAUUUUGUCGGUGGUAAUCAACGGUUGGCGUUCUGCGAUCGGUGUCUAAAUAAAUGGACGAAGGUGACAUUUUGCUUACAAUAAUUUUGCAACAAGUGCCUUGUUCAUCAUUUCUAGAUUACGAUUAUGGAGAAAAAAAAUGUUAUUACAUUUUCAUUAUUAUUAUUAGGAACUAUCUAUUAAUAGCAUGUAAUGUUAUUG